AGCUUAGACCCGAGUUAUUUUCGCAGCGUUGUUCGGGUCGGGUACCGUGGUUAAGGGACUGGUUUCGUUGCUAGAUGUUUGGUUUCUGGAAAAGCUCAAUUCGAAGUCUCUGCAACCAUAGAUCGACCAACCCUUUUGCAGCUCCCAAAGCAAAAGAGGAUGGAGAAUAUGCUGUAUGCUGAGGAGCUUGUGAGGGAGUUCCUAGUUUUUAGAGGAUUUACCAACACUUUGCAAGCUUAUGAUUCUGAACUAUCGACUGAUAUCGGUAAAGGGUUUCAAGUGGAUAGGAUUCUGGAUUUAAUAUUUUCAGUUUAUGUUCCUACUUUUCAAGCCGAGAAAUUGGUUGGUCUGUUAAGUUUUUUCAAGAACUGUCUCUCUUCAUCUACUGAUAGAGUGUAUAUUGAUACUCUGAGUAAGUUGGAGGUCUCUAUUUUACGCUAUUACAUUGUUUACGCUGUACAAUCGGGAAGGAAGGAUAAAGUUGUGGAGUUUUAUGGCAUGAAUGGAAAUGACUUGCUCCAAAGGGGGCAGGAUUGGACUCCCUGGUUUGCUAUUCCAUAUAUAAAGAAUCCAAGCUUGGAUCCUGAGUUUCGCACCUAUUUCUCUAGAGAGUGGUUUGAAGCCUUGCAUCUUUCUGUGAGGAACUUCUUUAGUGUGAUCUUCAAUGGUACUCACAUCCCUGCCUUAUUGAAAAUCAGUUCAGAGAAGAAUACUGUUAACCGUCUAAAGAAAGACAUCAAGCAACUUAAUCUUAAGUUGUCAGAACUUCAGGCUUUAUUAGAGGAAAAGGAGGCUCAGCUAAGCCAUCGAAGGAGUAAUGUUUCGCCGUUUACUGAUGCAAACUCCGAUGUAGCCAAAAGCUCAUCAAGUUUUGUGCAUGAGGAAAAUGUUCUUUUGUCGAAAGACACUUUAGAAGCCUAUUUUCCCGCCACUCCACAAAUUGAUGAAGCAGACUUACAUCAAGAGGUGGUUGCUGCUGCACCAGUAGGAAAUCAACACGAGGUUUCCCCUUCAAAAUCUGGCUACAACCUAAGCUCUUCAUCAAAUUUUCAUGCAAGGGAUAGUGGGACUAGUGAUAGCAAUCCAUUGUUAGAUGGUUCCCAUGUUGAAAAGGGUGGGGAUAGCCAUGGAGAAGAAUUACCAGAAGUGAAAGUUGAUUUUCAGGAGACAUUUUUGGGUCACACUAGUCCUAUUAGUCGCUGCCGCUUUUCUGCUUCUGGGAACAACAUAGCCAGUGCUUCUACGGAUGGGACAGUCAGGAUUUGGACUUAUGACUCAUCUACCCCAGCAUCAAGAAAUGCAACAAUUUAUUGCGGAGCAGAGAUUAUGUCACUUGACUGGGAAUGUAAAUCUGACCGAUUGCUUCUCAUAGGCACUGCUGAUGGAGGCAUUAAAGCAUGGAAUGUUGAUGCAAAGAGAGUUGUUUGUGACCUCAAGACAACUGAAGCAUUUCCAAGUGUCUUGGAUAUAAAGUGUAGUCCUGUAGAACCAAUUUUUGUUUCUGCAGCAGCAUCAAGAGGAUACGGUUCAAGCUAUGUAGAUAAUUUGGGUUUUGCUUCGUUAACUGUAUGGAACAUGAAGACAUGGAAGGCUAUGACAGUUCUUCCUCUUGGUAAAGAUCCACCUGCCAUUACAUCCCUAAGUUUCAAUCACAACGGGAAGAUUUUAGCAGCUGCAGCAACUGACGGAAUGAUUCACAUGUUUGACAUGUCUGCGGGUCUUCAAAUUACUGGGUGGCCUGCACAUGAUUCUGCCAUAAGCUCUAUUCUCUUUGGACCCGAUGAAACCAGCAUUUUCAGUUUGGGAGCGGAAGGAAAGAUUUUAGAAUGGAGCUUGCACAAUCAAGGUCAAGUCCUUUGGUCAAAAAAUUGUAGCAGGUUCUGUGAUCCUGAGAUCUCAAAACAGUGUAGACAUGAAAUGGCAUUAGAUGCUAAUGGGAGAAGACUAUUGACAACAUCUGGUUUAGUAAGAGCGCCCAUUUAUCAGGUUCGAGAUUACACAAAUGGGUUAAGAACUCUUGCCCACACUUCUGCUAUAACCACAGUAGAUUGGCACCCGACCUUGCCCAUUUUCUUGACUGGAUCAGCCGAUAACUCUGUACGGGUAACAUCUAUUCUUUGAGGCUAGUCAAUUUCAUACAUCGAUCUUUAUAUCGAAGAGGUAAGAUGUGGUAGAUUUGAGGUUGUGGUGCAGCACAAAUUUUAGCUUUUGGCAUGCAUGUGUUUUGGGUUUUAUUGUAUUUGAUCUAAUAUAAUAGUAUUAUAUGAUAUGAAACGGUUUGGGGUGGGUGGGUUGAUUGGUUUUUGUAAACCACUAGAGUGGGACUUUAUUUGAAAUUAACAAUAUAUGAAAAAGUUUCUUGUAAAUAAACAUAACAAAUGCAUCUGACCCUUGGUUAAGGACUGUUAA